GCUACGGCGCCGGGCGCAACUUUCUAUCUCGGCGGCGUGGGUCCCGCAGGCAGCGGCGGCGCCCAGCCCGGCGGCCGGGCACCUGCUCCAUGUCCCGCAAGGCGAGCGCUGGCGCGGAGUACACGCUGCGGAGCCUCGGCAGCCUGAUGGGCGAGCGGCGCCGGAAGCAGCCCGAGCCCGACGCGGCGGGCGCGGGGGAGCGCAGCCUGCUGGCGGCGGAGCCGGGCGCCGGCCUGGAGCGCGCGGGUGCGGGCGGCGACCUGGAGCGCGCGGCGCGCCGCCAGUUCCAGCAGGACGAGACCCCCGCUUUCGUGUACGUGGCGGCCGUGUUCUCGGCGCUCGGCGGCUUCCUGUUCGGCUACGACACCGGCGUGGUGUCCGGGGCCAUGCUGCUGUUGAAGCGCCAGCUCGGGCUGGACGCGCUGUGGCAGGAGCUGCUUGUGUCGGGCUCGGUGGGCGCGGCGGCCGUCGCGGCGCUGGCCGGCGGGGCCCUGAACGGCGCGUGUGGCCGCCGCGCCGCCAUCCUGCUGGCCAGCGCGCUCUUCGCCGCCGGCUCCGCAGUGCUGGCCGCCGCGGGCUCCAAGCAGGCGCUGCUGGCCGGGCGCCUGGUCGUGGGACUGGGCAUCGGCAUUGCUUCUAUGACAGUGCCAGUGUAUAUUGCAGAAGUCUCACCGCCCAAUUUAAGAGGCCGAUUAGUCACUGUCAACACCCUCUUCAUCACGGGAGGGCAGUUCUUUGCAAGUGUUAUCGAUGGAGCCUUCAGUUAUCUCCAGAAGGAUGGAUGGAGGUACAUGUUGGGGCUUGCAGCAAUUCCCGCAGUUAUACAGUUUUUUGGUUUUCUCUUCUUGCCUGAAAGUCCUCGAUGGCUUAUUCAGAAAGGACAAACUCAGAAAGCCCGUAGAAUUUUAUCUCAGAUGCGUGGUAACCAGACCAUUGAUGAAGAGUACGAUAGCAUCAAAAACAACAUUGAAGAAGAGGAGAAGGAGGCUGGCUCAGCUGGACCUGUGAUCUGCAGAAUGCUGACAUAUCCCCCAACUCGCCGAGCUUUAAUUGUGGGUUGUGGCCUACAAAUGUUCCAACAGCUCUCAGGCAUUAACACCAUCAUGUACUAUAGUGCAACCAUCCUGCAGAUGUCUGGUGUGGAAGAUGACAGACUCGCAAUAUGGCUGGCUUCAGUUACAGCUUUCACAAACUUCAUUUUCACACUUGUGGGAGUGUGGCUUGUUGAGAAAGUGGGCCGCAGAAAGCUUACGUUUGGUAGUUUAGCAGGUACCACAGUAGCACUUAUUAUUCUUGCCUUGGGAUUUCUGCUUUCAGCCCAGGUUUCCCCACCUGUCACUUUCAAACCAGUAGCUCCAUCAGGCCAAAAUGCUACUUGCACAAGAUACAGUUACUGUAAUGAAUGCAUGUUGGAUCCAAACUGCGGUCUCUGCUACAAGAUGAACAAAUCAGCUGUCAUUGACUCCUCCUGUGUUCCAGUUAAUAAAGCAUCUACCAGUGAGGCAGCCUGGGGCAGGUGUGAAAAUGAAACCAAGUUCAAAACAGAAGAAGUAUUCUGGGCUUACAAUUUCUGCCCUACCCCAUACUCCUGGACUGCACUUCUGGGCCUUAUUUUAUAUCUUGUUUUCUUUGCACCUGGGAUGGGACCAAUGCCUUGGACCGUGAAUUCUGAAAUAUAUCCCCUCUGGGCGAGAAGUACAGGAAAUGCAUGUUCAUCUGGAAUAAACUGGAUUUUCAAUGUUUUGGUUUCACUGACAUUUUUACACACAGCAGAAUAUCUUACAUACUAUGGAGCCUUCUUUCUCUAUGCUGGAUUUGCAGCUGUGGGACUUCUCUUCAUUUAUGGCUGUCUUCCUGAAACCAAAGGGAAAAAGUUAGAGGAAAUUGAAUCACUCUUCAACAACAAGCUGUGUACAUGUGGUACUUCCGAUUCGGAUGAAGGAAGAUACAUUGAAUACAUUCGAGUAAAGGGAAGUAACUAUCAUCUGUCAGACAAUGAUGCUUCUGAUGUGGAAUAGUUUAGUUACCUAACCAAGUGUAGGGGAAAGGCUGCAGUUGGUAACCUCGCUGCCCUCCUCCUAAUGCAGUCCUUCCCAGUCUCAUUCUGAACAACUUUCAUGCUCUAGAAUAUCCCUGAUAUUUUUUUUCACAAACAGAAAUUGUUAAAAAAAAUCAGAUUUUAAUCUAAAAAUUCAGAAGCAAAUGUAAUUCCUUCCUGAGAAAGUUUGAAAUGAAUACUAUACCCAGUGACUUCAGUGGGACCCUUUUUUUUUCCUCAAAAAUAUAUAAUUAGUGGCAAGAGAGUCAUUACUAACCUAGCCAAAAUAAUGUACAUUUAUAAGGGAUUCUGUGAGUUGGUCCAAGGGUGUUUUAUGUCAAAACAAGGCCUGUUCACCCUAAUUUUUCCAAAUGACUAGUAGCUUAUCUGUGAUCAACUGAAAAAGUAAAUUCCUUUUAAACUUUCCUCAAAGAAUUCCAAAUUGUAUUCUGCAAGGGCACAGCUGCCCUUAUCUCCUAUGGGUUCCAUAUUUUGGUUUUCUCUCCACUUCAGAUAUUGAAAGUUCUUCAGAGACUGACUCUACAUAGGAUCUUUUGAACGUUAAAAAAAGCAGGUCUUUUAGGGAUUAUUUUCAUACCUUUGCAUCAGUGAUAAGUAUAUUUGCACAGAUAAGCUAGCAAGUUUUGAUAAGUAUAUUUUAUUGUCAAAGUAAGAAAGAAAAGAUUUUUAUAGAUCCCUAAUCCAUUAGUCACUCAGAACUGCAAAUGUAAAUGCAGAACAGUGCCAGGUCUUUAACUGUAUUUCAGAGUCUUCUUUCGUUCAUGCCAAACUCACCGCAUCUUCAUUCAUGGCUCUGGAGUCCUACUCUUUUGUGCCUUCAUUGGUGUUAUAUAAAUAGCUGCUAGCAUGUUAUCAUUCCCCUUCUUGAAUCAAACAGCAAUUUCUGAAACAAACAAGAGAGGAAGGAAAUCAGUGGGAGAAGUAGUCCUGCUAUUAUUGAUGUUUAAUUAAAAUCAUAGGACUUAUUUUUUUUUAACUUUUUAUUAACUCUUGCUAAAGAAAUUAUGUUUUAUUAUGUCUUUUUAAUUAUAAGCACAUAAAUAAGUUUUUAUUUUGCACAUCUUUUAUUUUCCCUGACAGUUUGCCGAAAAUCAAGGACACUUAGAUUUGUCUCUGUUUUUUCUUAAUAUCAUGCUUAGCUUGGUUUUCCUUCAUGUAAAAAUUGAGAUUUUUCUAUGGAAACACAUAAAUGGUUCUAAUAUAUCACAUGUCUGUAAGAAAUGCUAACUUACUGAAAAGACAUUUCUGCACUAUGUUUUUCAAAGUGUUUUCUCUGGUUUCUGUGUUCAUUCAUCACUAAAUGCUUUAUUAUUGCCCUUCUAUUAAGAACUGUAUAGUACAUACAAAAUUACUUGCUCACAUUGCUGGUUGAAUAAAACUAUGAAUGAAUCAUCUGUGGCCAGUUAGGAAUGCAUCUACUGGUGUACUGUGUUUGGGGUGAAAAGGUGGCUCUCAGUAAAUUCAAAGUAUUUCUGCCAGUCUUCAAGAUGUUUUGUUCUUAUAAUCAGCAAGCAAAAAUUUUUGCUGAGAAAGUUCAUUUCCUGAGUCACCAGAGGUACUUAAACAGUCACUUCAGUGCCCUAAAAACCUUUCAACCAAAAAAGUAUCCAUUUGAUCACUUUAUAUUAACAAAUGUAGUGUCUUGGAAAGUAAUUUUUCCUUGCAUUAGGUGCUUUGACAAUUGAUUUCUAAUGGGAUAUUAAUAUUGAUUUUCCCCAGAAAAGCAAAUAUGAUUUAAUAGGGAAAACUGUUUUUUUGAUAUUUCUUAUCCCAUAAGAAAUUUCUUAUAUGUAUACUAUUUUAACAGAUAAAAUGAAAAUGAGCUAUUAUGUGAUAAAAUCAGAUUAUGGAGAGAAAAAAUAUUUAGAGCAGUAUUCUCUUUAAAAACUUAUUUUUCUGAUUUGUUGGAAUAAAUGCCUCAAUUCUCUUAUUCUAUAGAUAGCCUUAAUUAUAUACUUAUACUCAGCUGGGAUGA